AUGCAACAAGCAAAAUUGAAGUUCUGUGAGGCAUGUAGAAAGUCCAAACGCACCUGUGAUUCGCAACGGCCUUCUUGUUCAUACUGUAUUGAAAUCAGACAAAAGUGUGCUUAUAGUUAUCAUAAUACAGUGAUGGUCGAUCAAUUUAUCACUUCUUCUCGUAGCGUAUUUACGACUCAGAAUGCUCGAAGACUGAGUUCAGGUUCGGCGUGUGAGACUUGUAGAAAAAGAAAAACAAAGUGCGAUGGUGGUAGUCCUUGCCACUAUUGUCGGACGAAUAAUCUGGAUUGUGUUAACAAUAUACAUGAAAGAAGACUGCGUGCCAUGUCAAGAACAACGACUAAUGGAAGUAAUCGAGGUGUUACUACGACAACCUCCUCUUUAUCCAUGUCUACUACUAUUGAUAACAGUAAUCCAACUACCACUACAACGGAAAGGCCAACAGAAGACGCAACAAUGGAUCAAAUAGAAGAUAGACUACGAAGAAUUGAGAGACUUAUGACAGCGUUUACACCUACCAUCACUUCGACAAAUGAAAAGCGUCAAUACGUAGUUAGAGGUUUGCGACAUUCUGUACAUGGAACAAGUGCUACUACUACUACUACUGUAGCAGAAAAAGGUGGAUAUGAAAGAAAAGUAAGAAUGGAACCUGUUCAUAACAUGUCAGCCUUCGGCUCUAUUUCACCUCCUACAACAACAGCAGCACUUACAACCAUGGCAGCAAAAGCACCUGCACCGCAUUUUUCCAUGAGUUCUAUACCCACUACGCAUCAUCAGCAGACUACAGCUAAUUCGACACUCAAACUAUCCGUUUCACCAUCUUCUGAUAACAUGGAUGUAUUGCCGAGUCCUCCUAACUCUACAAGCAGUGUAGUAUCGUCAUUUGAUCUUCAUCAGCAGAAUUAUCAAUAUCAGAGUAGUAAUAGAUGGAAGAUCACAGGCUCAAUACCAAGUUUAAUGGAUCAACUUUCAGAUAGAACAUUCCCUACAUCAGCAGUUGAAUAUACCAUAACUCAGUAUCCAAUAUAUCCUUUGACUCCUCCGCUUCCAGCAAAUACUAGCACAUUACUCAGGGCGUCAUCAUCUACGAUGCAACGUCCUCAUAGUCUCUCUUAA